GAGAAGAGACCGUCCUCUAGUCAAGUUAGCGUUGUGUUUUCACACUUUCAUGGCUAUGGCGACACAUUAACGUCGUGUCCUGGCGCGGUCCCAGUUGGAUAGUAUAAACUUGAGAGGGGAAAAAAAAACAAUGUCGGUGAACGUGUGUUUGUAUUUAAUUUCUCGCCUUCGUCACAAUGUUAACACUCGAACAGCUCGCCUGGUCAGAAGUAGCCGUCAUGCGGUUUCGGGCCCCGUUUCAUUGCAUAGAGAGCACCCGGUGUGUACCGUGGUUCGCAGCAGGAAUUGUUCUUCAUCCUCUAAACCUCCGGACACGUCUCUUUUUCUCCCUCUCACGCUGAAGACGGACCUGUCUGCUGAAGGGAGUGUGGGAGCGGAGCUGACCCAGCCUCUGGAUAAAAGUGAGCUUUUAAAAAUUGCAAACCGGUUUUACAAGAGGAAAGAGAUGCAGAAGCUGGCUGCAGAUAACGGACUGGAUGCACGACUCUUCCACCAGGCCUUUAUUAACUUCAGGAAAUAUAUCCUAGAGGUGCCAUCACUCCCUGCUGAUCUGCACAUCAUUCUCAGUGACAUUUGUUGCGGAGCAGGUCACAUAGAUGACAUCUACCCAUAUUUCAUGCGACACGCCAAGCAGAUAUUUCCCAUGCUUGACUGUAUGGACGACCUAAGGAAGAUCUCUGACCUCAGAGUUCCUGCUAACUGGUACCCGGAGGCCCGCGCCAUCCAGAGGAAGGUGAUCUUCCAUGCCGGCCCCACCAACAGCGGCAAAACCUACAACGCCAUCCAACGCUACCUGGCGGCAAAGUCGGGGGUCUACUGCGGACCCCUCAAACUUCUCGCCCACGAAAUCUUUGAAAAGACCAACCAAGCUGAUGUACCAUGUGACUUGGUUACUGGCGAGGAAAGGACGUUUGUGGACGCGGAGGGUCGAGCGUCUGGUCAUGUGGCCUGCACCAUCGAGAUGUGCAGCGUCACAACUCCAUAUGAAGUGGCUGUGAUCGAUGAAAUUCAAAUGAUCAGAGAUCCUUCACGAGGCUGGGCCUGGACCAGAGCUCUGCUGGGUCUCUGUGCGGAGGAGAUUCAUGUGUGUGGUGAACCUGCAGCCAUUGACUUCGUCAGAGAGCUGAUGUAUAGCACUGGAGAGGAGGUGGAGGUCCAUACUUACCAACGUCUAACUCCGUUCUCCAUCCUGGAUAGCGCUGUGGAGUCUCUAGACAACCUGAGAGCAGGGGAUUGCAUCGUGUGCUUCAGUAAAAAUGACAUCUACUCCAUAAGCAGGCAGAUUGAAGCCAGGGGGCUUGAAUGUGCUGUCAUUUAUGGAAGUUUACCUCCAGGCACCAAACUCUCUCAGGCCAAGAAGUUCAACGACCCCGAUGACCCCUGCAAAAUCUUGGUAGCAACAGAUGCUAUUGGGAUGGGCCUUAAUUUGAGCAUAAAACGUAUCAUCUUCAACAGUCUAGUGAAGCCGAACGUCAACGAAAAAGGGGAGAAGCAGAUGGAGACCAUCAGCACGUCGCAGGCUCUCCAGAUCGCCGGGCGAGCCGGAAGGUUCUCUUCCAAGUUCAAAGAGGGAGAGGUAACCACCAUGCACAGAGAUGAUCUUCCAGUCCUAAAAGAUAUACUAAAUCACACUGUGGAGCCCAUUGAGACUGCAGGUCUUCAUCCCACUGCAGAGCAGAUUGAGAUGUUUGCUUAUCAUCUACCCGAUGCUACUCUCUCUAACCUCAUUGACAUUUUUGUCAGCCUCUCCCAGGUGGACGGCCUCUAUUUUGUCUGCAACAUCGAUGACUUUAAGUUCCUGGCUGACAUGAUUCAGCACAUCCCGCUCAACCUGAGGUCACGCUACGUUUUCUGCACGGCUCCCAUCAAUAAGAAGCAGCCUUUUGUAUGCACAUCUUUCUUAAAGUUCGCCCGUCAGUUCAGCCGAGACGAACCCUUGACCUUUGACUGGGUCUGUCGGCAUGUCAACUGGCCUCUGGCCCCGCCCAAAAACAUAAAAGACCUGGUUCACCUGGAGGCUGUUCACGACGUGUUGGAUCUUUACCUCUGGUUAAGUUACCGUUUCUUGGACAUGUUCCCUGACACUGCCUUUGUGCGGGAAAUCCAACGGGAACUGGACGCCACCAUCCAAGAGGGCGUACGGAAUAUCACGCGUCUCAUCCGAGCCACAGACCCGGCCAUCACCGGCCCACUCCAGGCGCAGAGAAACCGCGUCCAAACCGGUGCCUCCGGUAGCCACUCGUCAGGAGUCAGAAGUCUGAGCGCUUCAAAAGGCUUGAAACAGACCGUGGACAGCUCGCUAGCUAACCGCCUGGUGCGAGACGGACUUUUGACGUCCGAGAUCCUGCAGCAGCUGCAGAGGGAGUGGUCUAAAGAACAGAAGAAAGAGUCCAGCAAUCAGAGCGCACUGGAUAUUAAACUUAACAGUAACAGCAACAAAGACAACAAGAGGAAAAAGAGGAAAUGAAUCAUCAUUUAAGAAGAAACUGGUGGACCAUACAAUGUGUAUCAUGUAAUUUACCCCUAAAAUCUAAAAUGUUAUGUUUAAGGUAAUACAGUAUUUAGAAUAAAGUCACUUAAUUGAUAAAGGUCUUGUUUUGUAUGCAAAGGUAUCGAUUUAAAAUCUUACAUUUUCUAGCAUUGCAAGGUCAGUUUCACUUUGCCUAUAGGUCAAAGGUGCACAACCUUUUCCCAGUUUCAGUUCUCUGAGAGCCAAACUAAAUUUGAGAAAAAUCUUGCAGUGAUCCAAUAAAUGUUUAUUAUAUACAGUGGUGCUUUGAUAUACAAAUGAACCUGACUUCCCAGUUUUUCGAGAUAGGAGUUGUCGUGAGGCAUUUUUAUUUUUAUUUUUUUGUUUUUACUAGCAUGCGGCGAUAUUGGCGGAGUUAUAACCGUUAAAGUUUUGACAACAAAUGAAGCAAUACAUAUAGACAGACAAAAUAAUACAGAUAUAAUUUCAAUCCUCUGUGAAAAAUGAGUAAUAUUACUGCAGAGUAGUGAGUCACUUUCAGUAGUUGAGUGAUAAUCUUCAUGACUAUUAUACUGCCGCCUGGUGGCCAAAUCACACACACCAGAAGUAGCCGCAAUGAAUUAAUGCGCAAACUGUUCUUUACAUACGAUUGAACUAUGUUUUUACUUGUAUGUUUUUAUGCAGUGCAAUUAUUAUACAAUGCUAUUUAUUAAAAAAAACUAAACGUUUGUUGUUUUUGGGGGGAUGCUGGAACAGAUUAAUGGCAUUUCCAUUUAUUUCAAUGAGGAUAUUUGAUUUGAAAUACACGUUUUGAUUUACGAGCGUAGUCACGGAACAAAUUAAACUUGUAUUUCAAGGCACCACUCUAUUAUGAGCAUCAGCUGGUUGAAUGUUAUGGGUAUUUUAGAAGAGUUACUCUGAGGUUUUUAUUUUUUUUUGGACUUGUAUUCUUCAUACAUACAGCAGAGGCAGCACAGUGCAUAGUGGUUAGCACAUAUGCCUCAAGGCUUGAGGUUUGAAUCUCGGCUCUGGCCUUCGGCUUGUUGGAGUUGUGUGCGUUUUCUUCAGACACUCCAACUUGCUUCCACCCUCCAGAAAUCAUACACGGUAACUUCAUGGGGGACUUAAUUGCCCGUAGGUGUAACCCGUCUAUAUGUGUGUCCUGACUGGCUGUAACCCGAAUGAGGACAAGCAUUAAAGAAAAUGGAUGGAAGGACAUACAGUAUAGCAGAAAUCAUAUGUGGCACUUCUGGACAUUAUUUGUGAGCAUUGCGUUUUGGAUACAUCCCACAGAAUAAAAACUGUAAUGUCGAAACAUAGCUAUUAUGACAUAGUUCUUUGUGUGUAAAUAAUUCUAAUGCUCAAUUAAAUCCUAUUUUCAUUGUC